AUGGGACAGAAGGAUGGUUUAUUGCUUGAUUCGGACGAUUCUGAUAUACCUGAUCUUGAUUUACCUACUUCAAAUAUUCGUAAAGGAAGGUCAAGAUUGUUUUCAAGACAACGCCAAAAUGCAGAAGCAAUAACCGUGAGACGGCGCAUUUGUAGCGUGCAUAUCGCGCUAAUAUUGCUACUGUCCGCUAUAGUUGUCUCUAUUGCUUUUCUAGGCCUCUUCAUCUCGCAUAUUUCGUCUCAGCUGGAACUAUUACGCAAUGAUCCGAGACAUGAGGUUGUGACUCGAGAAUUGGAAAUAAUUAAAUGUGAAAUGAAUAGGAUUAAAUUAGAUAUCGAUGUGCUGCGUUUGAUGACCUCAUCGCCAGACACACCUGCCUGGAAUGUCUCCUCAUUACUAUACACUCGACUAGAGCAUAUCGAAUCACAAAUUGGUAGUAUCGUUGAUAAAGUACAGGAAAAACUCAACGAUCACUUAGAAAAUGAUACCCUCAACUUGAUAUCGGAUCAGGUCAAUGCCGUAGCAAAUGCUUGCAUUCAAGGAUGUGGGGCCGUUUCAAAGCUGGUAAUAUUUAACAAUGGCACGAAAUAUACCUUUGACCCAGCUGGCGACAAACUAAAAAAGAAGCGUUCUAAGGUACCUCAAUGGUCUUCCACUCGUGACAUUCCUGUCGUGUUCACAAGAGCCAAACAUAUAUAG